GUGUUCCUAGCUUGCCUAUAAUCACUUAUGUUGUAGGAAAGUCAACCGUUACCUCUGACAUUCUAAAGAAGCAGUUGGAGAGUUGGUGCACUUGUGCUUCUGCAGGAUGUGCGCGCACAGCUGCGUCCCACGCUGAUAAAACAUGACGAGAUGCAAAUCACUUCCUAUGAUAGCCUGUCAGCUCAAACUCCAUCUCCUGUAAUGAUCCGUGCAAACUCAACCACACAUGCACGCCAGCUGACACGAAUCAGAAGACCAGAAACUCACCAUCGGAAAGUAUUAAUUGAAAAACUGGAUGCAGUAACCAAAAUAUUGCAGAUGAGUUUCGGAUAUAUCUCAGCGUGCGUCAACAGGAAACGAGAGAAAAGAGCGCAGAACUGACACAACUGAAAGCUACAUCCAUGAAGCUUGUUCCCUGGCUGUCUGUGAACUGAGGCGAUGGAGAGCCCAUCGUCCACAGUGAGGCGGCGAGCCUGGAUCAACAGCAGCCGACAGUGGCCCACUCUGGAGGAGCUGGACCCUGAGGGGCCACUGGGCAACCUCCCCUCUGCCUCUAUAGUAGACGACGAUGUCUUUUCUGACGGAUGUUUCUCAGGAAAGAUUGAGAACUGGCUUCUGGGUUGUGGGUCAGAGGCCUCCACAGAGAAGACCGGUCAGCUGAGUUUUGAGUCUGUGCUGAAAGCUGGCAACUGUGACGAUGAGCUGAGGCUUGGUGCUGAUGCCUCUUUGUUAAACGGUGGAGAGUUUACAUUUGCAGCUGGUGUCGCACAGCAUCCUUCCUCCAAACAACGUCCCAGCAGACUCACCAGUACCCCUCGUCAGGGACUAUGUCUUCCGUCACUGAACUUGGGCCACAGCAUGGCCUCCAGCUGCCUCUCCUCCUCCACCUGUAAAACUACAUCAAGUAUAUCAGAGGUCCUGCAGUUGUGUUCGGAGGAUGCGGAGGAGACACUGUACGAGCUGGGUUUCGGCUGCGAUGAGCCGCAGGUCACUGUUCGCAUCCCGCCUCGCUUCUUCACCUUCCCCUCUCUGUCUCAGGGCAUCAACUUCCGCCUCUUCCUGGACUCACAGCUACGGCGGAUACGAGAAGAGGACCCCAGCCUCUCUCUUGCUAGUCGUUUCAGACAAGUCCAAGUGCUCACAGCCAUGGCCAACGCUUUCUACUCCCUCUACUCUCACGUGUCCCGCACUCCUCUACAGAAACUGGCUACACCAGAGUUCAACUUCUCCUCGUCACCCGUGGAGAGGAUGGAGCGUUUCAGGAGCAACAUCCGAAGUGAGCCACGCUCUCCGGUGGAGAGGCUGAAGGACACCGUCUCCAAGAUGUGUCUCUACACAGGCUAUCCUCGCGGGUCAGACUCCACCUCUCCACAGCUAUCACCCAGAAAAAGUUCCACCCUCCCUGAAGUUGUGGAUAUAGUCCUGGAUAAAGUCAAGAAUGGGGCAACCAAGAAACUGGAUUUGGGGGAAUAUGAUAGGAGUAAUUCAGAGGUGGAUGCUAGGCUGGCCGUGGAUGGUGAUAAAUCUUGUGACAGUGGGAAAGAGGAGCAGACACAGCAGACCGUGGCGGACAUUCUCCAAAAUGGAAAUAAGAUCUGUCACAAGGAGACGCAGGGCAGCAACCAAACAGAUAAUAAUGAUGUUGAUGAAAUCAACAUCAAACCAGCAGACCUUGACAGCAGGACUCCCAGUGUAAGAACAUCUGUAGCGUCAUCAUUAUCAGGAGAAACUGUGAUAGAAACAGAUUACCACUUAUUUUCAAUUCAAAGUGACACAAAGACUGCUGAUCCGAAACCGGUCGCCAAGGUUACAUACGAUCUAAUCUGCCCGCAGAUAGUCGAGAGUGUACACCAGGCGCCUUUCUGCUCUCAACACACACAUAGUCCAAAAACAAACACUUUACCGCCUCUCUCCUCUGAGACACUAAGCACAGAUACAUCAUGUCCUGGAUCACAUAAACCCGCUAUCUCUGAACCUGAUGCCAGACAGCCGGAUGCAUCCAGAUCACUUCCUGUCCCGGCCCCUAGUGGCAGCUACACCACGUGCUGCAUCACUGUGACUGGCUGGGAGGGUGACAACGUCUCUUCCUGCUCUCCAAACACACCAGAUUCAGGUCACACUUCCACCGUCCCACCUGUCCAGACAUGCGAGGAGUCAUUUAACGAGGGGAAAAGCUGGUACCUGAAGCCAAAGACACAUCGGGGCCUGGCGCACGACUCCAAUAACCUGCAACAGGUUAACUCCUUUGAGCUGGAGGAGGUGCAUAGUGCAGGAGAGGAAGACGUUGGACAGUCUGAAUCUACAAGAACAACAACCUCCCCGUUGUCCAAAAAACUUCAAUACAAAGGUGAGGUGGUCCGGGGCGACAGCAUGCAGUCAGACAGCAGCGGCUACGCAGAUGAAGAACUCAGCUCCUCAUCGAACACACAAAGCAGAUGACAGAAAACCAUGUACACAAUGUUAAAAAGUAGUUUUUCUCCCCAGUGCUCAUACUGACGGCAGAGAUAACACUUCAUUUUACAGGUCCGCAAAUUUCAUGGUAAUUAGAUGAUAAAUAGCAAGUAACCUAUUUGAAAUUUCUUUGGAAUUACUGCAAAUUACUCCAAUAUUUACUUCAAAAUGUU